AUGUCAGCCGCUUCAUCCUCGUCCGUCGCGGCGCCGCCCGACUACACCAAGGCUACCGAUGGCACCGGCGUCAUCGGCGGCGAUCCGUGGCUCGAGCCCUUCGCGCCCGCGCUGCGAGAGCGAUACGCGCUCUACCAAGACUGGAAGAGCAAGAUCAGUGCCUCCGAGGGCGGCCUCGAGGCUUUCUCGGGCUCCUACCGCAACAUGGGCUUCCAGGUGGAUCCCAAGACACAAGCCGUCACAUACACCGAAUGGGCGCCCAACGCCGUCGAGGCGGCGCUCAUCGGCGACUUUAACAACUGGUCGCGCGACUCGCACAAGAUGUCCAAGGACGACUACGGCAAGUGGCACAUCACCAUCCCUCCGCUUGCCAAUGCCACCUGCGCCAUACCACAUGACUCCAAGCUCAAGAUCUCCAUGCUCCUGCCCUCGGGCGAGCGGAUCGAGCGUCUGCCAGCAUGGAUCCUCCGCGUCACGCAGGAUCUGGACGUUUCGCCCGUGUACGAUGCGCGCUUCUGGAACCCGCCCAAGGAGGAGCGCUACACCAUCAAGAACCCCAAGCCUCCCAAGCCCGAUAACAUCAAGGUCUACGAGGCACACGUCGGCAUCGCCACUCCCGAGGCGCGCGUCGGCCAGUUCAAAGAAUUCACAAAGAACGUCCUGCCGCGUAUCAAGGAGCUCGGCUACAACACCAUCCAGCUCAUGGCCAUCCAGGAGCACGCCUACUACGCCUCGUUUGGCUACCAGGUCACCAACUUCUUUGCCGCCAGCAGCAGGUACGGCAACCCCGAGGACCUCAAGGAGCUCAUCGACGUUGCGCAUUCCAUGGGUAUCACCGUACUCCUCGACAUUGUCCACUCGCACGCGUGCAAGAAUGUGCUCGACGGCCUCAACAUGUUUGACGGCACCGACCACCUCUACUUCCACGAGGGCGCCAAGGGCAGGCACGAGCUCUGGGACUCGCGCCUGUUCAACUACGGCCACCACGAGGUGCUGCGCUUCCUCCUCAGCAACUGCCUUUUCUGGAUGGAGGAGUACGGAUUCGACGGAUUCCGCUUCGACGGCGUCACCUCCAUGCUCUACACGCACCACGGCAUCGGCACCGGAUUCAGCGGCGGCUACCAUGAGUACUUUGGCCCUUCCGUCGACGUCGAGGCCGUCGUCUAUCUCAUGCUCGCCAACGACAUGAUCCACAAGUAUAACCCCAACGCCAUCACCAUCGCCGAGGACGUCUCGGGCAUGCCUGCGCUGUGCCGACCCGUCUCGGAGGGCGGUGUUGGCUUCGACUACCGCCUCUCGAUGGCCGUGCCAGACAUGUGGAUCAAGCUGCUCAAGGAAAAGGCGGACGAGGACUGGGACUUUGGCAACAUCUGCUUCACGCUCACCAAUCGUCGUCAUCUGGAAAAGUCGAUCGCCUAUGCCGAGUCCCACGACCAGGCGCUCGUCGGCGACAAGACGCUUGCCUUCUGGCUCAUGGACAAGGAGAUGUACACCAACAUGUCGGACCUCACCGAGCGCACCGCCAUCAUCGACCGCGGCCUGGCGUACCACAAGAUGAUCCGUCUCAUCACACAUGCGCUCGGCGGCGAGGGCUACCUCAACUUUAUCGGCAACGAGUUCGGUCACCCCGAGUGGCUCGACUUCCCGCGCGAGGGCAACGGCAACUCGUUCCACUACGCGCGUCGCCAGUUCAACCUCGUUGACGACCGCCUGCUCAGGUAUCAGUACCUGUACGCAUUCGACGCCGCCAUGAACAAUGCCGAGGGCAAGUACAAGUGGCUUGCGAGCUCGCAGGCGUACAUCUCGCUCAAGCACGAGUCGGACCGCGUCGUGGCAUUCGAGCGUGCCGGCCUGCUGUUCGUGUUCAACUGGCACGCCAACAACUCCUACACCGACUACAGGAUCGGCGUGGAUGUGCCAGGAAAGUACAAGGUGCUGCUCGACACCGAUGCAAAGGAGCUCGGUGGCCAUGGAAGGAUCGACCACAACACAGAGUGGUUCACUACCGACAUGGAGUGGAACGGUCGUCGAAACUUUGUGCAGCUCUACCUCCCCAGCCGAUCCGCCAUCGUGCUCUACCGCGCCGAUUAG